AUGAAGGACUACUUAUGGCGCCAAAGAGUCAAGUUCGAGUCGACUUUGGCACUGUCUAUGCUUGAGCCUUGGGAGAAAAUUCUCUGCUUGAUCAUAUUUUCGCUUUUGGCCAUGUUGGUGAUGAUUGGACUGUUCCAAUACUUGCCACAACAUGUCAUGGUCAUGCAACGACGCGCCAUAUAUUAUCUCUGGGGUCAGGAAGGAGACGUGUUUCGCUCAUGGGUAGAGACGCCUGGGCUGAAAGAGUUAUAG